AUUAUACCCCACUCUGGUCUUUACCCAGUUAUGCUUUACUAGCCAAGUAACCUGGUAACUGUCCAAUAUCUGUUUGCAGUAUAUAUUAUUUAGUAUGUACUUUUUCAAAUGGAAAAAGACAUUGGCAAAUGCAUGGAUUACUGGUUUAAUAAAAGUAGGAUAAGCAACAUAACUGUGGAGCAAUCAAAAAUUCAUAAAUAGCCUUGUAAGCAGGUGAAAUGGAAUUUGGAUGUAAUUAAAAUAAUCAAAGCCACACAAUCACAGCUAUAUAGAGGACUCAGAUUAAAAGCCUAUAUUUCUUUGACAUUUUAAUACAAAGAAAUGUUUAUUAACAUAGCAUUAAAUUAAGUCAAUACACAGAUCUAUAGUAAGUCUGGUAAAAAGUAGUACACCUUCAAUACGUUUAUUGAUUGAUGGCAGACACUCGAAUGUACACAAAGGGGCAUUGUUAACAAAACACUAAAUGUCAAUAAAUGCCAAGUAAAAAAAGUGCAUACCGAUACCAUUCUUGAUGAUAUACAUGAACAGUUAGAUUCACAAGAUUAAUUUAGCGACAGGAGUUUCAUCACAAUGAAAGUGAAAAAUAAAACCAUUGCGACAUUAGGAAUAUUCCUAUUAUGUUUACUAUACUUGUGGAUCCAAAUGAAUACAAAGGAUGCAGAUUUUCACUCAGUUGAAAAUGAUAAUCUAUCGAAAAUUAAAAGAAGCACAUUGGAUUUAAACGAUACGGAAAUAUUAUCAUAUGAAAGAGUACCACUUUUAACAUUGUUUACUACAUUUUCCGAACGUGAAGUAACAAGAUUUGUAAUACAAAAUAACACUAUAUUAAAUUGGUGCAACCUUCAAAGGGACUUUGGAUAUAGAUUGGUCGUGUUUUAUUCGAUAAACCAUACAAUAGAAACGCUAAGAGAAACAGCAUAUCAUGCGACACAGAAUAUACGACAUACAACUGGAGACGAUCAAUUCGCAUGUGUUAUCAAUACAAUACUUCUAACAGAGGAACUAACUGCUAGAGGACGUCCUAUAUUUAAAAAUAUUUAUUUAGAAAUUCAACGCAGAUUCCGAAGCAAGCUUUAUGCAUACUGCAAUGGUGAUAUUAUUUUUCAUGGAGCAAUGUUUGAUGCUUCAUUGCUUGCUGUGAUGCACUUUACCACCGAAAAUAAUCUCCAGGAGUUCAUGAUAUAUGGGGGAAGACGUGAAAUGCCAUUUUUCAAACAGAAUCAAGCUAAGACAUUGAAAACUGGAAAUGAUACCGAAAUUCUAAAUCUCGGUCGACAAUCUCGUGUAAAGCACAUUAUAGCUUUAGAUUAUUUCAUCUGCUCUAAGGACAGUUUCAACUGGCAACAAUUUCCAGAUUUUUUAGUAUCAGUUCAAGCUUUUGAUACAUUUUUAGCGAUUUACUCCAAUAAAAUCGGAAUAGCAACGUUUGAUGUAACACUGACAUCUAUAGUGGUGCAUCAAGCUGGAGCCCCAAAACUGAAAGAUGAUGGCUAUAAAGAUGCAAGAGAACUCAAUCAAUUUCUUUUCCUAAAUUCAGUACCAGGUUGGAACGCUGACAUGAUGGGACUUAAAUGUAUGAAAUACAUUACAUUUGUCAAUAAGGGUAUCACGAGCGUUAAAACAAACCCAAAAUACACAAGUAAAACAUGUGUAUAUCCAAAACCUAUAUUUGCCCCAGUGCUUGAUAAAGAGGAAUUACUGAACAAGAAUCUCAGACCAUACUUCAGAAAGGAUCUUGACUACUAUGGCGGUCCAGCAUGAUCUGAUGGACUCAGAAUUUGAAAGAUAGUCCCUUUUUACAUAUUGCCCAUACUUUUAAGGUUGUUUGACACUGUCACAACUAAAGUUGGAAAGAAGAAAUUGGAGUAAUGCCUUUUCUACAUUUAAUUAAUAAUUUUGAUUUUGAACUAAGUUUGCUAGGAUAAUGUCAUAAAUUCUCACGAUGCGGAUCUACCUUAAUCAGUGUUUUCCUCUUUUAAAACUUAUGGAUUAUAAAGAUAUAAUACUGGGCCUGAUUGACUGUAAACUACAAACUGUAAAAGGAAAUAAAACUGUAAUAUACACAUGUGACAAUAGUUUUUAAGAGACCUAUUUGGCUAAUUAAUUAUGAUUGGCUAAUUAAUUAUUCAUUAUUAAUCAUGAUGGUUUGCACACAUGUUUUUCCUUGUAAUGUCACCUCCAAGAAGUAUUGUUGUUAGUAUGCCUAUAGCUACUUUAUUGUGACUGCUGUUUGACAUCAGUAUUGGUAUUGAUAAGGUUUGUUAUACUUUUCUAGGUGGUGACAUUUUACGUGUUAGUUGUUAAUGCUUUGUUAUAUAUUUCUAAGGUAAUUGUUGUUAGAUGUUUAUAAGGUUUUUAAAACAUUUGAUGGAGAAGUUAAGUAUUUUUUAAUGUACUGUAAAUAUGAAUAUUAAGUGGUAAAGAUAUAAGAAUAAGAUAAUGUGAAUAUUUGUUUACUUCAAUGAAUACAGGGUGACCCCCCCUCAAAAAAAUGCCACCCACUAUUUUUGGAAUAACUUUGUCAAUAAUGAAGGAAUCUCAUGAUUUUUAUGUGUAGAUAGAGUAUAUGGAAGAAAAAUUGGUAUGCUUGCAUGGCAUCAACAGCUUGGAAAUUAACUCUUUUGACCAGGAAGUAGACUAAUUCAUCCUAUCGGUAACUGCCGGAUGUCGACUAUAGUCGACUUUUAUACACGUACUAUGCUGAUAAGUUUUCUGUUGUAUUUAUAGAUGUCAGGAUAUGUCUAACCUUAUGGAUUAUGUUUGUACUGGACGAAACAUAAACUUAACAGGAAGUUAAUGAUAUUUCGUGACUUUUUCAUAUGAUAUUCUCUAAUAUUAUUUGAAAUAAAGCAAAAGGUAUUUAAAAUGGCUGCUGUUAGAUCUCGAACUCUCAUAUGUAUUAGGGCUACUGAGGAAAAUUUUGAUCAAAUAUUCAAUGAUUUGGACAGUGAAAACGAUACUUGAUGAAACGAGGUGAACAUGAUGAUUUAAUUUGGAUUUUGGGAUGUUAUAAUUUUAUUUUUAUUAUUACAUAGAAUAUUAUUUAAUUUUAUUCUAUUUUUCUCAUUGAUACCAUGAUCAAUGAUGUAAUUGCUAGUCUAUACGCUAGAAUUUGUAUGUUUUGAUGGUUUAAGAUGGUAGAACAAUAUAUCGACAGCUUGUACUAAAAAUUUCAUCAACAUCUGAUUGCAAGUUAAAAAGUUAUGACUGCUUGAAUAUAAUUGGUCAAAAGUAGACAAUUUUCAGGAAAUUAAUUACCGAUCCUAGCAAUGUAGCAAAUUUGCUAAUUACCGGUCAAAAGAGUUAAGAGAUAUAUCAUUUUGGGUCACCCUGUACAAGCUGUCAUCUAGCAUUAAACUGCAUGUAUUUGUUGUACAUGUACUUUGAUGGAGUGAUUAUUCUCUCUUCAUGAAUCAAUUGAUCACUGGUAGUAGUCGAUGCUAUACCUAUUGUAUAUCCCUCAUAAUGCAAGCCCUCCAUUUAACCAUGAAAAUCAUUGCAGAAAUUGAUGGAUAUUUUCUACGAUAAUAAAAUGGUGGAAUAAAUACCAACCAGAAAAAUGUUGAGCAAUAGUGUUUUUAGUAUAAUAUAUAAUAGGAUUUAUUUGUACUGAUGCCCUCGGGCAAAUGUACAUCCAAUAAUGAAAUUUUACAAUUACAUUAAAAAAUGGUGAUAAAGAAAAAUAAAACGACAUUCAACAAAACAACAUAUAAAAGUGAAAAUCCCACAUUAGCCAGGGGACUAACAUUUUGAAAAAUCUUUGGCGAAAAAGAACCUGCCUGAAAUGUUGAAUAACAGGAUACUGAAAUCCCCGGGAUAUAAUGAGGAAGGGGCUGCAAUCUUAAGUAGUGAAUUCUGCUUAAAAUAAAGCACAAAAUAUUGAAUUCAUGAUUAAAUGUAAAAAUGUAUUUCUGUUGUAUUGUAUCUUUAUUACAAAUUUAUAUUAAUAUAAUUAUAAUAAAAUUAUUA